UUCCCAUAGUUAACAAAGCUGUAGAUUUAGGGUGCAGGAGAGAAGUUUCUAAUCAAAAGCUCCCUUCAUCCAAAGGGGCAUUUGAUUUGGAAGACUCCAACAAACCUUCUGCAGGAGUCUGUGCUCGAGCACUCAGUUUGCUUAUGACCUUCCUCAUGACUCUCUUCACUCUGCUUCAAUCAGUUCCCAUCUGUGUGACAAAGAAGCUUCCAGGCAGAACUCAGUCAGAUCAGAACCCACCUUUUUUUCUAGACUCAGAUCCGGAGGAGGUUUCCGAUUCCCCAUCACCAGCAUCUGGAUCCACAGAAGCUAACUUGCUUUCAUCUGUACUGAAAAGACUGGGAGAACUAGAAGAAAAGGUUGGUGACCUUCAAGCAAAGCCAUCUGAGAUGCCGCCUGAAAAGGAGGAAUUGCUUAAUGCUGCUGUUUGUCGUGUUGAUGCACUAGAAGCUGAGCUUAUUACAACCAAAAAGGCUUUACAUGAAGUGCUGAUGAGGCAAGAGGAGCUACUUGCAUAUAUUGACCGUCAGCAAGAGGUUAAGUUGCAGAAGAAAAAGAGGAUGCUAUGCUUUUGAAGAAAGAGUAAUCUGAUGCAUUGUCGUUUUUUCCUUCUACAAUUCCUAGUUUAUGAUGUGAAAAGGAAAGGAUAAUGUGUGAAUAUGUUGAGUGAGAAACAAGUGUAGUCUGAUCCCCGCGGCAAUAUUCCUUUCUACAAUUCAUAGUCUAUGAUGUGAAAAGGAUAGGAUAGUGUUAAUGUAAAUAUGCCAAGAAAAAAAAUGUAGUCAAGGCAAUUGUUUUCUACGAUUCAUAGUUCAUGAUGUGGAAAUGAAAGGAUAAUGUUGAUGAGAA